GGAGGAUGCAGUCACAUGGUUGUUACUGCUUCCUCCCCAUGACAUCACUGCUUUUGCAGCCAUACCACCCAAGAAAGGAUGCUAUUAAAAUCUUUGGGACUGGGCUAAAUGAUGUUGCACUGCAGACCCUAAUAUGGUUAAUGCAGGGGACAUGAAUGGUUCUGGCAACCUGAUGGAUUUUCUGGACGAACCUUUCCCUGAUGUUGGAACUUACGAAGAUUUCCACACCAUCGACUGGCUGCGGGAGAAAUCACGCGACACUGACCGUCAUAGAAAGAUAACAAGCAGAAGUAAGGAAUCCAUAUGGGAGUUCAUAAAGAGUUUGCUGGAUGCCUGGUCAGGAUGGGUUGUUAUGCUUCUCAUAGGACUAAUGGCAGGCACGUUAGCCGGAGUGAUAGAUUUAGCUGUGGACUGGAUGACAGACCUGAAAGAGGGUGUCUGCCUGUCUGCCUUCUGGUACAGCCAUGAGCAGUGCUGCUGGACGUCUAAUGAAACUACCUUCGAUGACAGGGACAAAUGUCCUCAGUGGCAGAAAUGGUCUGAACUUCUUGUAGGCCAGUCUGAGGGUGCAAGUGCUUACAUUCUAAACUAUUUUCUAUACAUUAUGUGGGCUCUAUGUUUUGCUUUCCUGGCAGUCUCCCUGGUCAGAGUGUUUGCUCCCUAUGCCUGUGGCUCUGGAAUCCCAGAGAUAAAAACCAUCUUGAGUGGGUUCAUUAUUAGGGGCUACCUGGGAAAGUGGACACUUUUAAUCAAAACAGUCACCUUGGUUCUGGUGGUAUCUUCAGGCCUCAGCCUUGGGAAAGAGGGCCCGCUAGUCCACGUGGCCUGUUGCUGUGGAAACUUCUUCAGCAGCCUUUUCUCAAAGUACAGCAAGAACGAAGGAAAGAGGAGAGAGGUGCUCUCGGCUGCAGCCGCCGCAGGAGUUUCUGUUGCCUUUGGGGCUCCGAUUGGAGGUGUACUUUUCAGUCUGGAAGAGGUCAGCUACUACUUUCCUCUAAAAACCCUCUGGAGGUCAUUUUUUGCUGCUCUUGUGGCUGCCUUCACACUGAGGUCCAUCAAUCCUUUUGGAAACAGCCGGCUGGUCCUGUUCUAUGUGGAGUACCACACACCCUGGUACAUGGCCGAGCUCUUUCCCUUCAUCCUGCUUGGAGUCUUCGGUGGCCUCUGGGGAACCCUCUUUAUCCGAUGCAACAUCGCCUGGUGCAGGAGGCGCAAAACCACCAGAUUGGGGAAAUACCCGGUCCUGGAGGUUAUAGCGGUGACAGCCAUCACUGCCAUCAUUGCCUACCCCAACCCCUACACCCGCAGGAGCACCAGUGAGCUGAUCUCAGAGCUCUUCAAUGACUGCGGCGCCCUGGAGUCCUCGCAGCUCUGCGACUACAUCAAUGACCCAAACAUGACCCGGCCGGUGGAUGACAUUCCCGACAGACCUGCUGGGCCCGGUGUCUACACCGCAAUGUGGCAGCUCGCCUUGGCUUUGGUGUUUAAAAUUGUCAUCACAAUAUUCACUUUCGGCAUGAAGAUUCCUUCAGGUCUUUUCAUUCCCAGCAUGGCUGUUGGAGCCAUAGCGGGCAGGAUGGUUGGGAUCGGAGUAGAGCAGCUGGCCUAUCAUCAUCACGACUGGAUCAUCUUCAGGAAGUGGUGCAGACCUGGGGCAGACUGUGUCACACCAGGACUUUAUGCUAUGGUGGGAGCGGCAGCUUGCUUGGGUGGUGUUACCCGAAUGACGGUCUCUCUGGUGGUGAUCAUGUUUGAGCUAACUGGAGGCCUGGAGUACAUCGUACCUCUUAUGGCUGCAGCUGUCACAAGCAAGUGGGUGGCAGAUGCUUUUGGGAAAGAAGGGAUCUAUGAAGCUCACAUUCAUCUGAACGGCUACCCAUUUCUGGAUGUGAAGGAUGAAUUCACCCACCGAACCCUGGCAACUGAUGUCAUGAGACCAAGGCGUGGUGAAGCUCCUCUCUCAGUGCUGACUCAGGACAGCAUGACAGUGGAGGAUGUUGAGACACUUAUCAAGGAGACUGACUACAAUGGUUUUCCAGUAGUGGUUUCGAAAGACUCGGAGAGACUUAUUGGAUUUGCACAGAGACGAGAGCUGAUUCUUGCAAUAAAGAAUGCAAGACAGCGGCAGGAUGGGGUGGUGAGCAACUCCAUUGUAUACUUCACCGAAGACCCCCCAGAACUGCCUCCCAACAGUCCCCAUCCACUGAAACUGCGGCGUAUUCUCAACCUGAGCCCUUUCACUGUCACUGACCACACACCAAUGGAGACUGUGGUAGAUAUUUUCCGGAAACUUGGACUCCGGCAGUGUCUUGUUACUCGCAGUGGGAGGCUGCUGGGUAUCAUAACUAAAAAGGAUGUAUUAAGACAUAUGGCUCAAAUGGCAAACCAGGACCCUGAAUCUAUCAUGUUUAACUAGACUGGUAAAGGAAGAAGAAAGUAACCCCAAAGGAAUACCUUCUAGAUUAACACAAAGGCUAUGCUCGGUGUUUCAUUUCGUUUAAAGAGAAAAUGUAAUGUCUAUGAGGAAUGGCCCAAUACGCCUCUGACGGAGGGAGUGGAUGCAGGAUGGCACUUAUUUAAUGAGGAAGGCAGUUCAGAAGCUCUGAGCAGCUGCAGACAUCAAGCUGUGUUUCCUUAAUGAGAUUCCCAACAGCUCAGUUGGAGUGUUGGUGGGUGUAAGAGAUGUGAUGCUUAGAGACAAAGAGCCAGGAACACCAGUGGGAUGCACCAGCGUUCAUGGUAACUCUCGAGGCAGGUGUGAAGACUCACAGACACUGUUUAUGCAUAAGCUGUUAACAGAGAGAAAGAUUCAUGUUCCAAACUAGAGAAUGUGUAUGAGUAACGUCAAUUGUUUUGGUUACCGAAAUCAUGGCUAUUUAUUUGUUACUGAAUUGUACCAUUUUCAUGAGGAAAAAAAAUAAUUGUAUUUUAAGACAAAAAAUUUUUGCCAUCUUCAUUUAUUUUUGUAAAAGUUAAGUGAAUCAAGACUGGAGUUAAAGGAGCAUGAACACACUUCAACUCACUUUAAAACAUAGUGUCCCCUGCUCCCUGCUUUAGUCCUUUGAAUUUUGGACAGUUUAGCAUUUCUGUCAAUCAGCUUCCUUUUAUUAAUGUUGAAAUGUGACUUAUUUGUAAGGAUUUAUGAUUUAUCUAUGCAAUUUUGCAUACAGGUACUGUAACAUUUAGGAUUAUAUUAUGUGGUUUUCUGUGGCAAAAGGAAAAGACACAGAAGCCCAUGGAGGAACUUUCAAAGGCACUAAAGGGUACCCAGCUUUCAUUGAUAUUGGUGAUGAGAGAUUGAACCCCUCGCCUAUCCCUACUUGUGUACAUCACCUUUUUUCAAAAACUAAUGAAGUUCUGCAUUGAUUCCUGAUUCUACAUUUAGUUCCUUUUCAUCGUUGUUAUUUCUUGGCAUUUGUCUGCACCUGAGAAAAGAUUGUUAAAGUUAAUUUAACAGUUGCAGACAUUUAUUCUGUAGCAGAUCUAUUCUUUAUGCAUCUGCCAGUCGUAGGACUGUGGAAUCCCUCCCCACAACACUGUGGCUGGAUGACAUCAGAGGGACUGAGAACAUAAACAAUAGCAAAGCUUUAAUUAUUGAUCUGUUUGCAGCAAGUACACAAGAUUUAACAGCCCCUGAUGCCAACCUCCAAACCACUUAAGUAAAAAUGCUCAGCUUUCCUACACCUUUGUUCUGGACUUCUGUGAGAUGCACAGAGUCAAGAUUGUGUUAAUUUACUAGCACUUUAAUAGUACUGCUAUCAGUAACAGAAGACCAAAUUCUACUCAGUAGCACAUAAUUCACACUGUCCAGUGUCUGAUUUAUAACUAUAAGUUUAAAGAUUUGAGAGAGAUUUCAUCCUAACUUAGAUGUCCCAAAUCCCCGUCAGACCCUCCUAGAGUCUGGUCUCUUCAUUUAGGCGUCUAAGACCUCUAGUAUUUUUAUUCAAAUUCAUGUAGAUACCAGUAGCUCAAGGUCAUUGUGUCCAGAUGGUCUUCAUGGACAGAGAUGAGGGCAGUCCUUUUGUGCCAGAAGAGCCCAUUGCUUAUGCCAGACAAAAGCCAGAGUGCUGAUCACACUUGUAGGCAAUGUGCAAGAUGAUUGUGUCCCUGAACUGAGACAACUAGCCAGGUGCACCCUAAGUUAGAUGCUCAAAGUUACACGUCACAAAUUCCCCCUCUUAUCUCCAGUGACCCUGCUUCCUUCUGGCAUGUAUCCCACAACAUUCCCACAAAGUAUGGUCCAAAUUGUUUAAGUAAAAGAAACGGAAGUAAAGGGAUAAUUUUAAUCUAGUAAGUACUUCAUUUAACAAUAGUGUUUGCAAAAGACUGACAUAAAUGUAUGUAGCUCUGGCCAAAACCUAUAAAUAUUUCAGUGCAUAAUUUUUGUUAACUGAACAUCUGCAGUACAAUGUAUUAUUACAGGAUAUUGUUAAAACUGUGUAAACUAUAGAACUGAGCACCCUUUUCCUUCUGAAAAUAGGAAAUACAACAUAAUAUUGUUGGGUUUUUAUGUGUUUUUCUGUGAAGUUGUCAUCAGCCAAACUCAUAAAAAAAAAAACCCCAAGUCAACAACUGAUCUCAUAAACAUUGGAUUCCCUUAUUUGCACAGAAAUGCCAUAAUAAAAUAAAGUCAGUUCACUCCCACAACUAAAUCCAAGCGGGGCUUAGUACAAAUGUCAGUUUCUACUCAAAACUAUUAGAAUCUGAGGGAUUUGAACUAAGAUAAAUAGGCUGACUUUUGAGGGCAAUCUUGUUCUGAAAUUAAAAUUGAAGGACUGUGUUCUGCUUUUAUAGUUCUUAGUGUUAGUGCAUACAUUUGACGAACAUUUUCUCCAUCUUUCUUUAUGUUUACAUAGGAAAUGAGUGUAUGUUCUCCCCAUUGAACACUUCUAAAUACCUCUUUUGCUCAUAAGCCAAGAGAAAUAGCUGGGAAGUGAAUUCACCUGCUAUUUGAAAUCAAACUCAAGGCUUCUUGUAUGUCAGGGAAAAGGAUAAGUCCAAAGCUGCCUUUGUUAGUGAAGGAAAUGCCAGUCCAUGUUGCAUUAUAAUGUAGUUAAUGGCAAAGCUAACUCUGAAGAGCAUCCAUAUUAAUAGUACUGAGGUCAAUGUUUGCUAACAGGAACCAAGAUGGUAUAUCAGCACUGUAAAAAAUUAUAAUUUCCUUAGAAAAAGACACAGAGUCACCUAACUGAGGUUAAACUGGCCAUGAAUACAAACUCACUUGGGUAUUGACUUGGGUUAUCAGCUUAAACUCCAUCUGUGGCUAUGCAUAGGCAUAAACUUGGGUGGCUGAUUUCCACUGACAUGCAGAGGCCUGACUGACCAAAACCAAUAGUCAGUCUUGUGAUAGCUUGUAACCUCACCUUAUCAGGCUGCACAUGAGGAGCCCUCAGGGCUUCAGAACAGGAUUCAUAAAACCAGCAUGGCAUUUUGUAAGAAAGAACAACAGGAGGAAUGGAGAUUUAUGCACUUAUUGCAGGUGCAGUUUGACCCUGGGACUACCACCCAAGCAGAAAACAGGUAAAUGAGUGCACAACUCUUUUCUAUCAAACACAUUCUGCUAUAUCUAAGGGGUCAAGGAAAAAAGCUUUGGAUGUGUAACUGUACAUGGCUGGUUAGACUGCUGCUCCUUGUUCCAGUGUCUGUUCAAAAUACAUUAAACCCACUUAGAGCAGGGACUGAUAGCUAGCUCUCUACAAACAGCAUUGCCAUAGCUAAUGUCAGAAGCUUGGCAUUAUCAAGGCUGAGGUGAUGCUAUAAUAGAAUGACAAGAAGCGUUUUGAAACUGGACGGACUUAGCUAAUUGGAAAACUUAGCACUUCAGACACUUCCAGAGAUGGUAAUUGGCUCUAAGUCCUUCUGUUGAACUUACUCCAUGCUACAGUCUUCAUUGCUCUUUUAACUUGAGUGGCUGAAUGUGGAACACUUAAUAUAAAUUAAUAACAUGCUUUUCUCAAAAAAUGCAAUUCUGAUGUAAUGAUUUAAUGUAUUUCCCCAUAACAAGCCCAUUAUCAGUCACUGUUUUCCAUCUGUAUUCCCAAAUAUGUCUCAAAAGUUACCGAACAGACUCCAGAAGGCAUAGAUGUCAGCCUUAAGUAUUUGUUAGAAUCUGUAGAGCUCAAGACAGUCACGGAACCCAAUCAAUCUGAGAGUUACGUAAGUACUUUAGUAAAUAGUGCUCACUUUAUGCAGCCUCAGUUCAAUCCUUGUGUUCAGGCAGUUGGACUUCAAAAAUGUCGAGCUAAACAAGAGAACAAAAGUCUUUGAAUGAUGCAAGUUCAGUAUUGUACCUUUGUUUUGCAUGAACUGUGUUCAGUUACAUUCAGCUUCUGAUGUGUACUUGAAGCAAUCUGUACCACAAAGUUUAUUAUUAAAGUGGAUGACAUUAGCCAGAUCCUUUGGCUGUCACCGUGGUAAUAACCAUUAGUUCUUAUGCUUUGAUGAAGCAGAAAAAGAAUGUUUAAGAGUUACAGAAGACCCAUUGAUUCCGUGUUGGAAUGACACUAUAAUUAUGAAUAUUGUUUUGCUUUGGUUUUGUUUUUUUGUUUUUUUUUUUUUAAAUUGUAGAAAACAGUAUAUAUGUUGCACCUUAUAAAAAUGUUUGGACUCUAUUUUUUAAAUAAAACGGACUUAGAGUACUGGAAA